ACGGCCCAAGUGCCCCGUGGCUCUGCCGCCAGGGGGAGCCCUUGAGAGCCUGGCGGGAACGCACCGCGUGGCUGGAGAAGCGCUGGCGCAGGCGUCGUGGCGACACCUCUGAGGUGGGCUAGGAUUUGGGCGCCCAUGUAGUCAGGCGCCGCAGGCAAGCACAGCGGAGGGUAUUGCCUCGUUCUCCACGAGGCGCAGGAUGUUGCCCUGGCUUGGGCCAUGGGGCACAGGUCGGGAGGAGGCAACAGAGGAGCCAGGCCUCUCCACUGGCAGUGACCAAGGCGAGGCCUGGAGCUCCAGAGAGGAAACCAUGGAAGAGCAAGGAACGCCUGUGUGGGAGAGGGAGGUCGGUACUAGCAAAGGGGGGAUAUUUUUGGUCCUGUGACUACCUCAAAUCAGUGUUGGGAGGGGAGGUGAGUAGGGAACCAUCCUUCCUUCACACAGCCCACAGCCCCAGGCCCUCAGCCCAUCUGAGACCGGAAAAAAGCAGCCGCCUUCCAGUCACCUGGCUCCUGAGGAGACCACUGAAGUCCCAGUAUCUCAUUCUCCCCAGGUGACCUCUCAGGUCACUCCCUCAAGGAUGACUCCGCUGCCAUUUUGGGGUCCCAGCCACCAGGCUAAUGCAGGACCCCAGCUGGUGGGGGCCAGCUGCGGGUCAGGCGUAUCUUUGUCUAGCAGGACACUGUGUCAUCCUUCCUGGCCUAUGUGUGAUGCCUGGGGCAGGAGCCCUACCUCAGGGCAUCCAGAGGAAGAGCAGGUGUCCCGGGAUACAGGGCUCCCGGUGACAAACUAUGAAGAUGUCUUCUUCUUGGACCCUCUGCUACCCUGUGGGCAGCGUGUUCCCCUAUGCCUGUCCCAAUCCCCUCAGCAGGCAAUGGGCGACCGGAGGCUGCUGCUCCCUCCUCCAAUCAUGGCAGCCUCUGUGCACCCCUCCUCAUCUCAGACCUGCUCGUCCACCUGGCUCAGUGAGGCGGAGAUGAUUGCCCUCGCUGGCCUGCUGCAGAUGAGUCAGGGUGAGCAGACAGCUAACUCCUUGGCCAGCUGCCCAGAUGCUGUCUCUGUGUCUGAAGACCCAGGCCCCAGUGGUGGCCAGGGCUGUUCCAGAAGCACUGAGCCCCAAUAAGCACUGCCCACAGGAACAUCCCCCCCAAA